UGCUAGCCUAGCCGUGUAGCAAGCUGUGCAUCCCUGUGUGAAACGAUCAACCAAAUAGGCCUUAUUCUAACAUCGGAAGCAGGCUACUGUAGUUAGGUGUCUCUCUAAUUCCUUGUUGUGUUAUAUUUUAUGUUAGAGGCAGGUCAGGUCGUUGUCUAUAUAGUUAGCUCAACUAAUCCACAUAAAAUGACUGAUCAAUCAUCACUGCUGCUUCGAAAACAACUGGCAGAGCUCAACAAGAACCCUGUGGAGGGAUUUUCUGCCGGUCUCAUAGACGAUGAUGACAUCCAUCAGUGGGAGGUGGUCGUUAUUGGCCCUCAAGAUACAUUAUUUGAGGGUGGUUUCUUUAAAGCCUACCUGACCUUUCCCCAUGACUACCCUCAUAGGCCCCCGAAGAUGAAGUUCAUCACAGAAAUAUGGCAUCCCAAUGGUAAUUGGUUUCAUGUGGUAUUCUUACUUACUUAGGCCUUUGUAUUCCUUGUGGAACAUAGGCCAUCGUGGAACGCUUCCAACCCUUUCUGUGCGUGCCCCUCUUUCACCCCAGCUGCCAAACUAACCCAGAUUUAGAUGCUAGAUUGUGGAGACAUAAUUUAUAGAUCGGCAGGUAAGGGUGCUCUUGAGCGGCUAGGUGUUCUUUACUCUUCGGCCAUCAGAUUUUCCACCAAUAGACACAUCACUGCACUCUGUACUCAUCUGUAAACUGGCCCUCUCUGUAUACCAGUGCAAGACCCACUGGUUGAUGCUUAUUUAUUAAAAACCCUCUUGGGCCUCACUCCCCCUGUCUAAGAUACCUACAGCAACCCUCAUCUUCCACAGACAGCACCCAUUCUGACAGUCACAUUCUGUUAAAGGCCCACAUCCCUGGAUCGCUCCUCUUUUCAGUUCCCUACAAAAAAAACACUCAAACUGGACAGUUUUAUCUCUAUCUCUACACUCUGACACUUGUGGCUGCGUCUUGUUUUUUGUCUCUACAAUUUUGUGCUGUUGUCUGUGCCUAACAAUGUUUGUGUUGCCGUGUUGUCUUAGGUCUCUCUUUAUGUUGUGGUGUCUCUUGUCCUGAUGUGUGUUUUGUCCUACAUUUAAAUUGUUUAUCCCAGCCCGUCCCCAUAGGCCUCUUGCUAGGCUGUCAUUGUGAAUAAUAGUUUGUUCUUUGACUUGCCUGGUUAAAUGAAGGUUAAAAAUAAAAUGUGCCAUCCUCUCUAGGCCUAGCGAUGUCAGACCAUCUGCUAUGUGCUUGGUCUCUAGGUGGUUUUAGGUCUUCCUCUUUAGCGGUUGCCUUGUGGGUUCCAUGUUAGGGCCUGUUUUGUGAUUGAUUUGUUUCUUCUUAGUGUGUGUCCUAUCCAGCACCACUUCCUCCUUUUUUAAGUUGUGCUUCUAUUGGGACCUGUUUUUUAAUUUCCCACAGCUUGAUGUUGCUGAUGCAGUCUGGCCAGUGGACUCCCAGAAGUCGUCGAAGACAGUGGUUAAUGAAUGACUUUAGUUUGUUCAGCGUGUUCGUAGUAGUUAUCCAUGUUUCAGAUCCGUACAGAAGAAUGUAUUUGACAUUUUGAGUUUGUCUUCAGUUUUAUUUCAAGUCAGUUUUGUUUCAUGUGCUAUACAUCUAGCUAAAGAUCUGUGUUUGUCAGCUGGUCAGCACAGGUUAUGAUUCCUGUCCUCCCCCUCUCUCUCAGUGGCAAAGAAUGGUGACGUGUGCAUCUCCAUUCUGCACGAGCCCGGAGAGGACAAGUUUGGCUAUGAGAAGCCUGAGGAGCGCUGGCUGCCCAUCCACACUGUAGAGACCAUCAUGAUCAGUGUCAUCUCCAUGCUGGCUGACCCGAACGGCGACUCACCCGCCAACGUGGACGCAGCCGUUAAGUCCCAUAAAUUCAGACAUACAUCCUCAGACGGGGGAAAUAUGCAUUCCAUUCAGUUAGAAAAAGCUGAAAUUAUGGUGCUAGUUUGUUUUUAAUGGUCUCAAUGUGAAAUUUCACUGCUCAUGAUUAGUCUUGAAAUUUGGUAGUAGUGAGGGAUACUCCACCAUUUAGUUGAUUGUAGUGAUUGUUAAACCCAGGGUUUUGAUGUACAAUUGUAUUGUGCCCUGCAGAAGGAAUGGAGAGAGGAUCCUUGCGGCGAGUUCAAGAGGAAGGUGGCUCGCUGUGUACGAAAGAGUCAGGAGAUGGCGUUUGACUAGGCCGCCUCCUCUACACAAACCCAGUGAGUCCCUUUCUGGAUCCACACAGCUAUAAUCUCACUCAUGUUGCAGAAAGUGAGACUCAUUCAGUGCCUUGGUUGGUCACUAAAUAAUCUUCCAUUUGGUUUCCUAGUCAGUCUUGAUGCUCCUUUGAUUGUCUGUUAUAUUUUAUGUCUGCAAGCUAACGGUUCUUUCUUUUUUAGCUAUUUUUACCUUGGCGAAUACAUCAUGUCACUCUUCAAUAAAGACUUUUGCACCAGUGUUCUGCUCUUAGGAAGAUGUGGAAUAAAAAGCCAGCCCUUUUCUUUAGAUGUGUAAAUAGGGUCAGGGUCAAGUAAAUGUCUGGAGAUAAACAUCCCCCUCAUGGUUAUCGUCCAGUUUUCUCACCUUAUACUUAUUUAUUUAGAUGAUAAUGACAAUUCAAGAUGUGUGGUUUUUGUUUUGAUGAGCUUGUUCUUUAUUUUCAACCUGCCACUGAGCCAUCUAUUUUAGACUUGUCUCUUAUGCAAUUUUCGAGUUCAGAGCAUUUGAAGAGAUUGUUACCAACAGGCUUUCCUUGCCCGUUCUAUACCUCUGGAAGCCCAUCCCCUCAAGUGUUCUGCAAAGUCCUUUCACAGGGGUCAAUACACUCUGCUGCCUUAAGUUGUUUCCCCUGUAAGCAAAGGAAACUGUCUCCAGUGAUGUCAACAUACAUUUCUGUGUUUGAUCAAUAUAUUUUUGGGGAUAAACCAAAAACAUUAGCAUGAGAACAGAGAAUAUUUUUUUGUAAUAAAGAUCAUCUCUAAAAUGUAAUUUUUUUGUGUAUGUAAAUAUAUUCUGUAUCAAAUUAGUUGUUGUUUGUGUACUUGAUUCUCCUUGCUGUUAUAGCUUAGAAUUUUUUUUAAGGACAUGUCAUUUUGCCCUUUGUCUAUUCUUGUGAGUGAAUCAAUUUAGCUUUGGUCAUGUUAACAUGUACACAGAAAAGUAAUCUUAUUUUAGAUUUGGCUCAGCCUUUUUGUUUGAAAGGUGUUUUGUGUGAUGAAUGAAGUGAUGCCACUUUUGGUUGAAAGUUUACUCAAGUAUUGACAUUUUAUCCUGUGCAAGUGGAUUAGACUGGCCAUCCGCAACAAUUUCGAACCCAAGAGGUGCUUUUUGCGUUUUACGCAAGUGUAAUGCAAAAUAUCUGAUAAUGGAAGUGGUGAUGGAUUGUUAGAACAAGAAAUAAAACUUGUAGCUCAAUAGUUCUAUUCACCUGUGUGAUGUGAAGGCUAACAUGAGUUGUGAAAUUGUAGGCAUUUACACCCACAGUUAAUGUCUAAAACUUGAGCCCAAUAAAGUUUUGAAAAUGA